UCUCUCUCUCUCUCGCUGGCUGGCUGGCUAGCUGGCUGCUGUUUACUGUAUACCAGUCCCUCACUCUUUCUUGCUUUUCCUUUCUUUCCUUUUCACACUCUCCCUCUCCUUUCCUCUGCAUCCUCUCACCAGUCGCCCCGCCCCCCGCCGUCUCUCUCUCUCUCAUGGAAUUCAUGUUAUGAUGCCUCGUGAACCCGUCUCUCCAACUCAAUUUCACCUCCACAGAACCCAUUUUCCCUGACUAAUUAAAAACCCCACUCUUCCAACUUUCUGCAUUCGUACCGUACCUGAUACGUACUACUACUCCUAAAUACUGGUGACUGUAACUCUUUUCACACCCAUUAUUCCUCUAUCAUGAUCCUUCUUUACUCUUCUUUCCACCUGAACAUUACCUUUAUUCUUCGCGAUAUAUGAUCAUGAGGUCGCCUCAGCGCCAGCCUCAGCCUCUGCCUGAAGACCGACUCCGAAACGGCGGAAUUGAGACGCCGUCGCCGCGCCCCAGAAUCCAGACUCAUUUUCACUCCACCGUCUCGGAGCAGAAGCUCCGCCGCUUUAACAUUUUGAUCCUGAUCUUCCGGUUCGCCUCCUUGUGCUUCUCCCUGGCCGCUGCCAUUUUUAUGUUCUCCACUUCUCGGGUCUCGAAUUCGCCCAGCUGGUACGACUUCGACGCCUUUCGAUUCGUCGCGAUUGCCAACGCCAUCGUCGCACUCUAUUCGCUGUUCGAAGUCGGAGCUUCCGUUUGGGAAAUCUCCGGCGGGACCACUCUCUUUCCUGAGGUUUUACAGGUCUGGUUCGACUUCGCCCACGACCAGGUAUUCUCGUAUAUGCUGGUGUCGGCGAACUCAGCGGGGACGGAGCUGGCACGAUCUUUGAAGGACCGGGACGCCACGUGUACGGACAACAAUGCGUUUUGCAUACAAUCGGACAUAUCUAUAGCCCUAGGAUUCGCCGGAUUUUUGUUCCUGGGCUUGUCUUCGUUGCUUUCGGGGUUCCGACUCGUCAGUUUCAUAGUCAACGGCUCUCGUUUUCAUUUCUAGAGGAGCGGGAUUAAUUGUUAGCGUAUAAUUUUUCCGCAUGGUGUGGAGUGGUGAACCCAAUUACAAGUUUGAGGGUGAAUCCAAUUUACUGCUGCUCUCAUCUUUGGCGUUGGUGGACGUGGUAUUGUGCAUAUGAGACUCCUCCAUUCUUCAUGAUUUUAUCCCUAAAAAAAAUAUAGUCAAAUCCUACUCAGUUAGUUAGUUGUAUAUUGUACCAUUGAUAGGAUGAUAUGUCGAAGGAUUAGAGGUGUGACCAAACCUAAUAUUUCGUUUUCUCUGAAUAUAAAACGUGGUGGAUUGUUGUACCGAUUCAUGAUUUAUGUGACAUAUCUCUCUUCAAUUCCUCC